AUGGAACUCUAUCAAGACGAAACCAAGAACUUAGAUGUUCCCUUAAGUAAUGGAGAGAUCGUUUCCAUUAACUUAAUCGAUGAAUUACCUGAGGAUUCUAAUGAACUUAUCAGUUUCUUGGAAAAUGAACAAUGUCCUGGGAAAUAUUGGAUCUCCAUUUCUCAGGCUUAUUGUAACAUCAACAAACUUGAUGAAGGGAAAUCAAUAAUUGAACAAGCUUUACUGAAGAAUUUCUCCACCAAUGAAAUCCAACAAUUUGAAAGAUACUUAGCUUGGUUGAAUUUGAAGUUGGCUAAGAAAGGUAUUGAUAAAAUUGAUAAUUUAACUAAAGUGAAAAAUUUCAUUGAAUCAAUUCAAGACUUUGAAGUAAAUGAUAAUAACUUACAAGUAUUAUUAAUCAAAGCUACAUACUAUUUAUUCAAUAAUCAAGAAACCCAAGCUUUAAAAGAAUUUGAAAAAAUCUUAACUAUUGAUGAAACCAAUUGUUUUGCAAUGUUAGGUAAAGCUGAAAUACUAAUGAAACAUAAAAAAGAUUAUGGAAGUAUUCUUAAAUUAUAUCAACAAGUGUUAUUAUUGAAUCCAAUAAUCAAACCAGAUCCUAGAAUUGGGAUUGGUUUAUGUUUUUGGUAUUUAAAGGAUCAUAAAAUGGCUAUUAGAAGUUGGGAAAGAAGUUUACAGUUGGAUGGAAAUAACUUAAAUGUUAAGAUUUUAUUAAACUUAUCGAAAUUUAAUGAUACUUUCAACCAUUCAUUAUCUGAUAAAGAAUUCAAAGCUAAUUAUAAUCAUUGUUUAAAGACAUUAAAGUCCAAUUAUGAUGUUGAUAAUGAGAAUCCCGUGAUCUUAUUGACUUUUGUAUCAUAUUAUUUCACUAAGAAGAAUUAUGAGUUGGUAGAAAAAAUCUGUAAUAAAAUUAUUGGUAAAGUAACUUCACAAACGGUUGAAGGAUUGAAUAAUUAUCAAAAGAAUUUACUUUCUCAAGCUUCUUUUUGGUUAGGAAGAUGUUAUUAUAAUAAACAAGAUUUCAUUCAAAGUCAAAGAUUAUUCCAUGAAUCCAUAAGAUUCGAUGAUGAUAACUUAUUAAGUAAAUUGGGUUUAGGUCAAUCACAAAUUAGUAGAAAUUUAAUUCAAGAAGCUAUCAAUACAUUUGAAAAUUUGAUGAAGAAGUAUCCUAAAAACUUGGAAAUCAAUUAUUGUCUUGGAUUAUUAUAUUCAAGAUCUAAAUCAAAGAAGAGAUUAGAAUCUUCUAUUAGUAUUUUAGAAAGAUAUAUUAAUUUAUGUCAAAAUAGAGGUAUAAAUACUAAUGAUGAAGAUGAAGAUUCAAUGACUUUGGAUAAAGAACCUAUAAUUUUGAAUGCUUAUUUGAUUUUAAGUAAACUUUAUGAAUCUAAGGAUAUUAACCAAUCAUUGAAUUAUUUGAAUAAAGCUGUUGAAUCAAGAAAAGCCAUUAAUAAGGAUAUUCCUUUGGAAAUUUAUAAUAAUAUCGGAGUUUUCAAUUUCAAUAAAGGCAAUAAUGAACUUGCUGUAAAGAAUUUCCAACUUGCUUUAGAUAAUUUGAAUACUAUUGGUAUCAAAAGAUUCGAUAAACAACCGGAACAAAUUGAAGAUUUGGUUAAAGAUUUGAAAAUUGUUUUGGAUUAUAAUUUAGCCAGAUCUUUAGAAUCUUCUGAUAAAGACCAAAGUUUAACUAUUUAUGAAAACAUCUCCAAAUCAUCACCAAAUUACUUUUCUUCAAAAUUAAGAUCAUUAUUCUUAAACCUUGUUUCCACCAAUAACUUAACCGUUGAACAAGUCAAAGAAGAAAUUGAAAUUAUCUUGAAUUUAAGUCCAGAAAAUCUUGAAAUAAGAUCAUUCUAUUCAUGGUUUAUCAAGACUUUCGGUAAAAAGAUUGGUUUGAAAACUGAUGAUGAUACUGAACAUCAAAAGGAAACUUUAGUUAGUUAUAAUUCUCAUGAUUGUUAUGCUUUAGUAUCAUUAGCUAACAUUUAUUGUAUCAUGGCCAAAGAAUUGAAAUCUUCUGAUGAUAAACGUAAGAAAUAUUACAUUAGAGCUAUUGAAUUAUUUACUAAAGUAUUAUCAAUUGAUUCAAAAAACGUUUAUGGAGCUCAAGGUUUAGCUUUGGUUUAUAUUGAAAAUGGUGAAUUACUUAAAGGUUUGGAUAUUCUUAGAAAGAUUAGAGAUUCUUUGAAUGAACUUUCAAUUUAUUUGAAUUUAGGUCAUGUGUUAUUGGAAUUGAAACAAUACACCAAGGCCAUUGAAAACUAUGAAAUCGCUUUGAAUAAAUUUUCAAACAAUGAUAGUAAUAUCCUUACAUUUUUAGGUAAAGCUUGGUUAUUAAGAGGUAUGAAUGAUAAAAGUUUACAAUUCUUAAACAAAAGUUUGGAUUAUAGUAAACAAUCAUUAACUACUUCUUCUGGUAAUAGUAAAACCAUCAAUUCGCUUAAAUUCAAUAUUUCAUACGUUCAAUAUCAAAUAGCUGAUUACUUAAUCAAAUUACCUGUUAGUGAAAGAAAAAUUAGAGAUAUAGAAUUUGGUAUUAAAGAAAUCAAUGAAGGUAUUGAAAUCUUAAACGAAUUAUCAUCAGAUGAUGAAAAGAAUAGUCCUUAUUCUAAGACCGAUUUGAAAACUAGAACUAAUUUGGGUAAUACCUUAUUGAAUAGAUUAAAUCAAUCGUUACAAGAAACCAAAGAUUUCAAUGAAGCUAUUGAUGAUAAAUUACAAAAAGCUUUGGAAGUAAGACAACAAGAAUUAGCUAAACAACAAGAACUUGAAGAAGCUAGACAAUUAGAAAAAGCUAAACUUGAAGAAGAAACUGCCAAAGAAAGAAUUAAAUUACAAGAACAAGCUCAACAAUGGGCUGAAGAAAAAGCUUUAGUGGUUGAAGAUGAUGAUAAACUCUUUGAUGAAGAAGUUAAAGAUGAAGAAAAGAAGAAAUCCGAUGGAAAGAAGAAGAAAGGUAAAAAGGGUCGUAGAAAGAAAGAUGUUAUUGAAGAUAGUGAAGAAGAAGCUGAAGAACCUGAAGAACCUGAGGCUGAAGAACCUGAACCUCAAACUCAACCUGAGGAACCCCAAGAUGAUGAAAUCGACCCCGAUUUACAAAAACCUAAAAAGAAAUUCAAAUCAGAUGAAUUUGUCCGUGAUAGUGACGAUGAUGAUGAUUUAUUUUAA